GGCUCUAUGGCUUCUUCCAUUUCUCAUCAAACCAGAGAGGCCAUGCCUAUCCAACAACAAUCUCCUCCUCAGUUCGAGCCAUGGCACAACUUAAACGGCAAAGUCGUGAUGGUGACCGGAGCCUCUGCAGGCCUCGGCCGUGAGUUCUGUCUUGAUCUAGCUAGAGCUGGAUGCAAAAUCAUUGCUGCUGCACGCCGUCUCGAUAGUCUCCGAUCUUUAUGCGAUGAAAUUAAUCGACUCGAUUUCUCAGCUUUGUCGGCCUCUUCGAUGGCGAUGGAGAGCCCCCGAGCUGUGGCUCUAGAACUUGACGUUACUGCUGAUGGAAAGACCAUUGAGAAAUGCAUAAAAAAAGCUUGGGAUUCUUUUGGCUUCAUUGAUGCCUUGGUUAACAACGCUGGGUUAAGAGGUGCGGUGAAGUCCCCAUUGAGACUAACAGAAGAGGAAUGGAGCAAAAUAAUGAACACAAAUCUUAGGGGAUCAUGGUUGGUAUCAAAGUAUGUUGGCAUAUGCAUGCGUGAUACCAAUCGUGGUGGAUCCAUCAUCAAUGUCUCUUCAAUGGUUGGUGUUAACAGAGUGCUACAACCUGGAGCUCUAGCCUAUGCUGCUUCAAAGGCUGCCUUAAACACACUAACAAAGGUAUUCGCCAUGGAAUUAGGAGUGCACAACAUUCGAGUGAACUCAAUAUCUCCUGGAUUGUUUAAAUCUGAGUAUACGGAGGAGCUUAUGAGAAAAGAUUGGCUUAAAAAUGUAAUACGUAGAACCGUUCCUUUACAAACAUUAGGAACUUCUGAUCCCGCGCUAACAACACUCGUUCGAUAUCUAGUGCACGACUCGUCUGAAUACAUUUCGGGCAAUAUUUUCAUUGUUGAUGCUGGAACUUCUUUACCUACCAUCCCAAUUUUCUCAUCACUUUGA